AUGUUGGCUCCGGGCAGCCGCCGCCACCGCCUCCCGCGCCGCCACCAGCACUUUCCUCCAGCGCCUUCGCGCCCCGCCACGGCCGCGCAGCCAGCGCCGCCGCCUCCGGGCGGCCAAUUUAAUCCCGCGGAGCAGCGGCCGCAGCCGCGGAAGCCCCCCUGGUCUCCGCCGCCGCCCAGCCCUCGCGCGGCCAGCCCAGUCCAGAGCGAGGAAGUGGAAGAGAAGCCCGCGGCUUCCGCGGCGGUUUCUCCUCCUCCCGCUCCUCCUGCUCGCCCUGCGCCCGCUUCUCUCGCCGCCGCCGCCGCCGCCGCUGUUUGUCUCCUCUCCCUCCUCCUCCUCCUCUUCCUCCUCCUCCCGCUCCUCGACGCUCCGCCGCUCGCGGCUGGGGGGUCCGGGGCCGCGUCUCUUCUCCUCCCUCCGCCUCUCGUUUCCUCCUUCCUGCUGCCUCUUUUAAAGCGGAUUCUUUGGCCACAAAUAGCAACUCGGCUGCCCCCCUCGGUGCCUCCCUCCCCUUCUUCUCUUCUUCCCCCCAAAAGUGAAGCGCACGCGAGGUAAAGAAAUGAAGACCCUGAGAAUUUAAAAUCAUCCAACUAUUUGGUGGCAGAAGCAGGACAGGAACUCAGAUAUCAUGAUCCAGUGCCCUCUGUCCCACUAUUCAUCACCUCCAAGUUCUGGAUCAAAGAAGCCAGUUUUCCAGCUUAUCAGUGAGCAAUACAUACAGCAUAUUUAAAAAUUCUACAUGCUUAGAUGAAGGAAAAAUGAAGCAAUAGGACAAGACAUUUUCUUAGUUCCCUUCUAGCUCUAACAUUCUGUGAUAAAUAGCACAUAGGAGCUUUGCUAUAGCACAACCCCCUCUAGUGCAUAAUUCAGCAUACGAUGAGUAUGAGUCUGUUUUGGACCCCAUCCAAAGGAGUUAGUUCCUAGAAGUACUUGGAAGAUUUAUUCUCAUUUAUCAUGAGGCAUCCUAACAGGAGACUAAAAAUAAUCAUGAUGACAAUAAUAGUAAUCAGUUGUUACACUUGAAUUAUGUACUAAGCAUCAUGCUAAGCAUGUUAUCAUAGUUCACCCAUUUUUGAAAAGACACAUCAUGACCUUAUGUGGGUUGCCAAUCUAGUAGGUCAUGAACAAUUUCUGAAAAGAAAAGUAGAAAAGGACACAGAGUACAUUAUAUGUACUAAGUAUUGUUUUGCAAAACUUCCUUUCUGGUCAUGUGGCUAGUGAUUAAAAGUUUGAAAGCCACUGCCUUGUUUCCAAUCUUAACAACUGCCUUGCUAGUUAAGUAUUACCCUUAUUAUAUAAGUUAGGAGACAGGAUGAGAGAGGAAAAUUUGCCCAAGCUGACAUAGUGAGUGGCCAAGCUAGGAUUUUGAACCUGCAUCUGUUUGACUUCAAAUCUGAUAUUUUCACUUCUAUCGUGAUGAUAAAUUAUUAACCAAGGUAUGGAAUAAAUUGUUGCAAAUCAU